AUGGACGCCUACCCGCCCGGCUACGUCGACCACAACCUCCCGCUGGUGCUCCUGGCCGGUCUCGAGCCCGAGCACCCGCCGCCCGCCCGCGCCUAUCCCGCUCGCGACGACCCGGCCUGCGAGAUCUUCUCCGAUUUCCCGCCUCUCGUUGACGCUACCGCCGAGCUGCUGCUGGCCGAGCUGUUGGCCCAGGAUGCCUCCGACGCCCCGUGGAAUGCCCGCUCGUUCGCCGGCGCCGUGGGCUUCAGCGUGAAGCAGGCUGGGCGGACAUUCCUCCUCCCUCCUCACAAAGCUCAACCGCCAACCCCGCUCCCCAAUGCUGCCAAUGAUGCCGCCCCAGUCCUACAUUCGCCGAUAUCCCCCCUGACCCCGAGCUCGCCCACCUAUCCAGACGGCAUAAUGACUCCCUUGUGGGUGACAAAACACCAAGACUUGGUGCCGGCUGCUUUUGUUAAUUUCUUCCCGUUGACGCUGGACUCCAACAUGGCUUCGCUCCGUGAUAAUCAGCUGAAGAUUGAAAUUAAUACUCUCAAAAAGGCCUGGGCUGCUUCCGGCUACAAAACCCGGUUUGUGGUUGCCCUGAUAUGCGAGGACGGCACCUUACUCCCAGCGGAUGUGAAUGAUCGUAUCUCCAGCAUCCGGAGAGCUACCCAGCUGGACCCGAAAAAUAUCCUCGUUCUCACUCCCGCUCCCACCCAGGCAAGCAUCCGUGAUUUCGUGAAGUCUCUCUUCUCUUCUCUACAGGGCCCGUGCGUAGACUACUAUCGAGAUCUGUCCAAGCAUGCGAGACGGAAACGUAAUAAAGGCGUGGUUCCCCCACCGACUGCGCCACCGACAUCAGGCACGUCGCAAACAUUGACCGCCCAGGGUUGGAAUGUCCGCUAUGAGUUCAAGCUUGGCGUGUUUGCGGAGUUUCGCCAGGAAAUGGACGCUGCUUGUCGGAGUUAUGAAAGUGCUUAUGAGCUAUUAUUCGGCGAGGAAAUGUUUGAUACCAUCGCCGGCUGGAGCCCUAGGUUUAACGACGCGCGGUUAUUAGCGGAUAGUCUUGCUAUCCGGAUUAUCCGCUGCCUGCUCUGGUCUGAACAAACAUCUUUGGCCGUCCGAACAUGGGCGACGCACAGGAGACGCAUCGGCAGUAUUGUGGACCGGCGUGGGAAAGGAACUAGGAACUAUGGCUGGGAAGCCUGGGAGGCUCGAUGGUCGCUCGUCAUGGCAGACCUCAUGCGUCGAGCGAGCCUGUCCGCGUUAUACGUACCCGACGGAGAAGAAGUGUCAUACGCCGCUUCACCUAUCAUAUAUGCACUGCCUGAAAAGACGAUGGCUUCAAAUGAACGGCUGUAUCCAUGGGAGCUAUUGCAUCAUGAAGGCUACUGGCUCGCCCGUGCCGCCAAGCACACAGCACUAAGGAGACUGCUGGCUGAAAAAAUCCCCGAUGAUGAGAGAUCUGUGCCAGAUCAAAAUAUAUCUAUCCAACAAAAGGCCCGAUCACAUGUCUACGAUACGUAUCUGGCUCCUGAACCGUACGAUGAAUACCCAAUUUCGGACAUGCCGGGAAGAAACCAUUCUCAGAUAAUUGUCAACUGCUUAGCUGCAUCUUCGAAGGAAUUUUCUAACAGACGACAGCUUCGUAUGGUCGAGCAGCAAAAAUUGACAAUGGCUAAAGAGCUGAUGCGGCUGAAAGAGUGGCAGACAGCAUUAGACCUCCUGAGGCCAGUCUGGACGGGGCUAACCUGGCGCAGGGAUGGCUGGUGGCAGUUGAUGGUGGAUUUUGGAUGGGCGCUAAGAGAGUGUGCUCGGCGUGCUGAAGACCUUGAAACCAUUUUACGGGUCGACUGGGAGCUGAUGAAUUGUCGCUUUAUAUCCAGACCUGGGUGGCAUUACGACCUUAAGCAAAGUAUUGCAGAAUUUCCCGUAGUCAAACCUAAGCCUUCUAUAGUACUAAACGGGGAGAGUGUCGUUUCUUGCCUCUUCACUUCCUUCGUUUUUGAAAAGGCUGAAGGGAACGUUGGUGAAUCAUUACGAUCCCAGCUUGUCAUAAAAUCCUGUGCCCACAGCUCUGCCGCUCCUAUUUUGGCGUCGGAAGUGAGGAUUAUGUUUGAAGGCGGCCUUCGGCCCAUCUGCCUACAGACUAGUUCGGACGUCCCCUUUGAUCAUACCGAAAUUUCGGAUAUCGCCCUCACGGAUUCUUCAUUACUGGACACGACCAGCAUCCAAUCACCUGGCCGUGCGGCCCCGAUGGCUGGAGCCGCCAAUCUCACAUUCGCCCCUGGACAAGCCCAAUCAUUUAAUUUAGCGUGCAUACCUCGUGAAGCUGGAGAGGUGAAAGUCGCAUCGAUUACUGUUUUGAUUGAAGAUGAGAGAUUUGAUCUUUCUUAUGUCAACCAGGUUCAAUCGUUGCCAAGUGCUGUCUGGUGGAGUUCAGGUAAAAAAGGAGCCAUCUCAAGACGCAUCGGCAAGGAUCGAGAUACUUCCGGUUGUACAAUCCUGCCAAAGCCGCCAAAAGUUGUGCUUAAAACACCCACAUUGCGUGACCAUUACUAUACGGAUGAACAUGUUAUUCUCGAUAUUGAGAUAUACAACGAAGAAGAUGAACCUGCGGAGUUAUCUGUGGAGGUAAGAUUGAUUGGCCCACCGGAGACGUCUGCGCAGCUUCAUUGGGCGGACGAUUCCGAAAAUGGUACUUCGCCCGAUGAAUCCCUUUCUGCUGCCCUCGGCGAGGACGACGCUCUUCUACAUCACGUAAAACGCAGAGGCAUUGGACGCCUCGAGCCAUCAAGCCACAAGACGCUUUUCCUCAACCUUACACAUACCUCCACGCCUUUGGACUAUGAACUUGAAAUCUCUACGUUUUAUCACCUUGUGUCUGAUGUGGAGACCCCGAUUUUCAAAACGGCCACCGUCGACCUCUCUUUCAUUCGCCCUUUCGAGACGCACUACGAGCUCACGCCUCGCUUGCAUCCUGACCCUUGGCCGGAUUUCUUCCACUGUGGUGAGCACGAUGAUGCGGACGAGUCCGAGCCUACAGCACGCGGCAUUAAGCAGCGGUGGUCUUUGAAUUGCAAGAUGAUUUCUUUCGCCCAUGAGCCUUUGAUGAUAGAAGAAGUCUCUCUAGUUGUGACAGAUAUUACGGGCGGCUUGGUCUGCCGUGUGGGUUCGGAAAUAUGCGCGGCUGAUUACCUGUCAGAAAUAUUGCCCGACCAAUGCCGAGAGUCAGAUUUUCUCCUUGAGCUUCAGCGCCUCACGCUCGAUGACCGCCAAUCAACGGUCCUAAAUCUGGCACUGGAUAUCCGUUGGUGUCGACAAGAAUUGCUCGAAACAUCGAUAUCGUCGCACACCAUCCAACCGUUCAUCCCUACCACCAGACUCCCUGUUCCCCGUUUUGCCAUCCCCAUGGGUGAACCGCGAGUCUUAGUGACCACGGCGCCGUCGUCCGCGAUGCCUACGAAUUUCAUCCACCUCGACUACACGCUGGAAAACCCGUCCAUGCACUUCCUCACCUUCAACAUCACGAUGGAAGCCAGCGAUCAGUUUGCCUUCAGCGGGCCCAAGACCAUCGUGGUGCAGCUGGUGCCGCUCAGCAGGCACACGCUGCGGUACAAUCUCCUGGCGACGGGUAAAGAGAAAUGGAUCCAGCCACAGCUGGUGGUCGUGGACUCGUACUAUAACAAGACCCUUCGCGUGCUGCCGGCUGAGGUGAUGCGCGUGGACAAGAAGGGCAUUCUGGUGAACCUGGCCUAG